CUCUGACUUUCCUCUCUCUCUCUCUCUCUCCGCAAAUUUCAUCUGCAAAUUUAAGCUUCACAGAGCAGCCAUGAGCAAGCCUCAGAGACCGCCGUCGGGCCGCAUGAACCUCGCGUCCUGCGUAGUAGCCACCGUCUUCUUAGCCUUCGUCGUCAUCCUCAUUCUCAUUGUCUAUUUCACCCUCUUCAAGCCCAAAGACCCAAAGAUCGCUGUCAACGCUGUACAGCUCCCGGCCUUUACCGUCACCAACGGCACCGUCAAUUUCACCUUCUCGCAGUACGUCUCCGUCAGAAACCCCAACCGCGCCGUCUUCUCCCACUACGACAGCACUUUCCAGCUCCUCUACUCCGGCAGCCAGGUCGGCCUCAUGUUCGUCCCCGCCGGCCAGAUCGACGCCGGCCGCACCCAGUACGUAGCCGCCACCUUCUCCGUCCAGUCCUUCCCCUUGGCCCCUCCCGCGGCCGCCGCGGCCAUCGACGGCGGCGUCAGCGGUUUCCAGGUGGGACCCACGCUGGAAUUCGAGUCACGGAUGCAGAUGGCGGGCAGGGUUAGGGUUUUGCCCAUCUUCACGCAUCAUGUGGAAGCCAAAGCUAACUGUAUAGUCGUCAUUGCCGUCACUGAUGGAUCUGUGUUAGGGUUUCAUUGCUAACUGUAGACUAGUUCCUUUUUUUAUUAUUUGAAAUUCUCCCGCUGUCUUUUUGAUUCAGUAAUUCGUUUGCUUUUUUGAGGUUUUUGGUGAAUUGGGUAUUCGAUUUGAAUACCCAUUUGGGUGAAGAAAGUGUAAAAAAUGGAUUUUGACUGAUAUUGUACAAUUGUUAUUAGUUUGUAA